AUGAAUACCCCGCUUGACGAACUACAAUGGAAAUCACCCGAAUGGAUCCAAGCAUUUGGACUAAGAACUGAAAAUGUUUUAGACUACUUCUCUGAAUCACCAUUCUUUGAUAAAACUUCGAAUAAUCAUGUAAUUAAAAUGCAAAGACAAUUCUCCCAGAUGCCAGGAGAGGCUCCACCACCACCCAAUGGCAAACAAGAAAAUGAGAAUGGUUCUCAGGAAAGCAAUGGAUCCGAUACACAAUUUAAUUCAUCAUUAUUACCUCAACAUGAUUUCAAUCAGGGACAAACAGAAUUUAGUCAUGUGGAACCCAGUAGGCGAGAUGUUUUAACAAAAUAUCCGAUGUAUGCUGCAUUAGAGAGAGAACUCUCGAAGUUGAAAGGUGUCGAAUAUGUUCUGGCGUGUGUCAGAGAGCCAGAUUUCUGGAUCAUUAAGAAACAGAACCGUCUUUCAAACAAUGAAACAGAUAUAUUACAAGAUUAUUAUGUUAUUGGUGCAAAUGUUUAUCAGGCUCCUACAAUGUUCUAUAUUAUACAGAAUAGAUUAAUGUCCACAAAUUAUCAUUUAUCGCAGACGAUAAAGAAUUUACAUAAAUUAACACAAUUUCAACCUUCUCAUGGUAUGCAAUUUAAAUCUACUGCAUCGUUAUCUAGUCAAACUGUAAUGCCUAAUGGUUCUACAGUAACGAGUGUCCCUGCGACGGCAGCUACUACGGCCACAACAGGAACAUUUUCUUCGGUGACCACGACGAAUACAGUUGCCCAAACAGCUGGUUCUGCUCAAUUUGAUAGUUCCAGAGCUAGAGAUACAAUUACAAAGGAUAUGAUGGAUAAACUAAUGAUAACAAGCAUAAAGUCCAAGCCGGAAUAUAUUCAAUGA